AUGCAUGCUCAAACACAGAGUCAGCUGUUCCAGGUGCCUGGAGAAAUCCGCAACAGGAUCUACUACUACGCACUUGACAUGUGCUUCAUACACUCUUCACGCCGAUCGGCACAAAGCACCUCCGCGCCGGGCUACAUCAAUCUACAAGGACAUCUGGAGCAACACCAAUCAUCUACGAACCUCUUGCUCGCCUGCAAGGCAAUAUGCCGAGAGGCUAAAUCUCUAUUCGCUGAACUCACCCCCGCGGAAGUCGAUCUCCAAGUAACAAAGCCACUCAGCCGAACUGCAAAACGCACACUAAACUCGUUCAUGCGGGUCGUCAUUCAGUACCCAGUCGAGGACGAGAGAAGGAAGCGAGAAGGCAGAAGCUCGGUGAAGGUGAGCACCAGACAGUUAGGUUGGGAGCUGUUCAAAGCUCUCAAGCUAUACACACGCGCAUCGCCAAACCUUUGUCAAACCCGAGAUAUGCGUCGAGAGGCUACAGUCCAUUACGGAUUGCGCUGGCCAAGUCGCUUCCAAUUCGCUGGGGCCAUCAAGAGAAUGGCGAAGGACAAGUAUACGUACUGGGCGGUCGAAAUCCAGUACGAGUACUACGACACUGGAGAUCUUGCAGAACUUCAACAACUGCGCUACAUUGCUUGGGCGAGAGAUGAGGUGGAGAAAUUGGGCAAGCGGAUUCGAUUCUUCGUCACGAUUUUCCAUGGUGGCCCUGCGAGGAGAACUUUCUCUCUGCUAGAGGCUGUUCUUGGCCAUCGAGGCAUCGAGAAGGGUGAGAUGUUGGAUUCUGUGUUGGUGGGUGAGAAUUGGUGGGCUGUGGAGUUGAGUCUCUGA